AGGACUACUAUCCACGCUGACGUUUAGGUCCAUCCAUCCGGUGUCAUUGGUGAAUGACCGAAGAUGUCUCACAGCAGGUUGUUUGCCCGGUUGCUCUUGCAGCAGACUGGCGUGAGACACUGUUAUACUGGCAGCAGGAAGAACCUAUACAUCGACAAGAACACUAAGGUCAUUUGUCAAGGCUUCACAGGCAAACAGGGCACCUUUCACAGUCAACAGGCUCUGGACUAUGGCUCUCAGUUAGUAGGAGGGGUGUCCCCUGGCAAGGGGGGCAAAACGCACCUGGGUCUGCCAGUCUUCAAUUCUGUCAAGGAGGCUAAGGAUGGAACUGGAGCCCACGCCACCGUGAUAUACGUGCCCCCUCCUUUUGCAGCGGCUGCCAUCAGCGAGGCGAUAGAUGCAGAGAUCCCACUGGUGGUCUGCAUCACAGAGGGAAUCCCUCAGCAGGACAUGGUGCGCGUCAAACACAAGCUACUGCGCCAGGGCAAGACACGUCUUGUUGGCCCAAACUGUCCCGGUGUCAUCAAUCCUGGCGAAUGCAAAAUUGGAAUUAUGCCUGGACACAUCCACAAGAAAGGAAGAAUUGGUAUUGUAUCAAGAUCGGGAACCCUUACGUAUGAAGCGGUACAUCAAACCACGCAAGUGGGUCUGGGACAGUCACUGUGUAUUGGUAUCGGUGGAGACCCGUUCAAUGGCACUAACUUCAUUGACUGUCUGGAGGUAUUCCUGCAGGACCCCAAAACUGAGGGCAUUAUUCUUAUCGGAGAGAUUGGAGGAGAUGCAGAGGAGAAUGCGGCAAUGUACCUUAAACAGCACAACACCGGUGCCAAUGCUAAGCCUGUGGUGUCAUUCAUUGCUGGCCUGACCGCUCCUCCUGGAAGGAGAAUGGGGCAUGCCGGCGCCAUCAUUGCCGGAGGCAAAGGGGGUGCCAAAGAGAAGAUCGCUGCCCUGCAGUCUGCAGGAGUCGUUGUCAGCAUGUCUCCAGCUCAGCUGGGCAGCACCAUGUUCAAGGAGUUUGAGAAGAGGAAGAUGUUGUAACUCGUUUGAGGGAGCGUGACACACACUGGCCUCCCCGCCUAAGGACCUUCUUCCCAGCUGGAGACCAUCACCUUUCUCCAGGCUCGACAAUGCGCACACCUUCGUGUUUUCAGUUGAUUCUAUGAGUACAUGUUCCGUUGUUGCACCAGAGGAAAUAAAAUCAUUGCAUAAUUUAUCAAAGCCUGUGUCCACUAGACGCUUGUAAUCCUGCCACACUUGGAGAAAUGUAAACCAUGUGUUGCUUUUUGUGAUAAACCUGACGCUGUUUGAAUUCCAGCUCUUAUGUUCUCUCUCCCUCUGAAACAGAAAAUAUAACGUAUGAUCUGAUACAA